CUUCUUCCCACGGUCACCCUCCAAGUUGAGGAACUGCAAAAAUGGCAACAACACUCUCUAUUCUCUCCCUCUGCACCCCUUCUCCUACCCCAAACCUCUCUCCUUCUCCCCCCCAAACCCCCUUCAAAUCCCAUUCUGUUCAGUUCCCUUUUCUUUCUAACCCAUCUCCUAACCUCUCCCACCGCACCACUUUCCUCCGUCCCCUUGCCGCUACCGCUGCCCCAGAGAAAAUCGAGAAACUUGGCGCUGAAAUCUCCUCCCUCACACUCGAAGAAGCUCGCACGCUUGUCGAUUACCUCCAGGAGAAACUCGGGGUCUCGGCGGCAGCAGUUGCGCCGGCCGCUGUUGUGGCCGCCCCUGGAGCCGAUGGGGCCGAGGCGGCAGCCGUACCAGAGGAGAAGACGGAGUUUGAUGUCGUUAUAGAGGAAGUCCCCAAUAAUGCAAGAAUUACAGUGAUCAAGGUUGUGAGGUCUUUGACGACCUUGGCAUUGAAGGAGGCCAAGGAAUUGAUCGAAGGAUUGCCAAAGAAGUUCAAGGAGGGAGUCUCUAAAGAUGAAGCUGAGGACGCAAAGAAGAAGCUCGAAGAAGCUGGAGCAAAGAUUGCUAUCGUUUAGGUAAUCUGGGGUUGGUUUUGUGUACCCAUUUUUUUGGAUUUCAGGUAGCUUUUGUAAUGUCAAUUAAAUUACAGUAGAUAAUAUCAUUGUAUUGGAAGCUUGAUUUUUAUUCACAAAUGCGAUGGAAUUCUCCUUCUCAAAUCUCAAUUGUGUUUGAUGAAAUUCCAACGAGACUGGCCACAUGAACUAGUAGUCUGUUGUGUACUUUUUGGUUAAUUUGCCCUGAAAGUGUUUGAUGAAAUUGUCUGAAUCAAGACAAAUCGCCCCA